GGCUAAUCGCCGUCUUCUCCCCUCCUUCCCGCAGGUCCCCUCUGGAGAUGACACAAGACACAGCUCUAGACAUGAAGGACGUAGAGCUCAACGAGAUCGACCCGGAGAAGCAGCCGAUGGCGGCGGGGGCAGGAGAGGCUCCGGUCGGGGGGGAGAAGAACGGGGUGGUAAAAGUGAAGCUGGAGGACGAGGACGAUGACGUCUGCCGGGCGGUGAAAUUCACCGGUCUGUCCAAAGAAGAGCUGCUGAAGGUGGCGGGCACCCCGGGAUGGGUGAGGCUCCGCUGGGCUCUGCUCGUUCUCUUCUGGCUGGGCUGGGCCGGCAUGCUGGCGGGGGCUGUGGUCAUCAUUGUCCAGGCUCCUCGCUGCCGCCCACUGCCUGUCAUUGAGUGGUGGAACAAGGGGCCGCUCUACCAGAUAGGAGACCCCGCCACCUUCCAGGACACCAAAGGCGACGGCAUAGGCGACAUAGCAGGAAUACAGCACCGCCUGGAUUUCCUCAGCACCCUAAAAGUGAAGGGUUUGGUGAUUGGGCCCCUUCACAUUAAUUCUAGAGACGACCCUUCAGGAACUAAUCUCAAAGACAUUGAUCUAAAAUAUGGAACAAUUGAAAACUUCAAGAACCUGUUAGAAGCAGCUCGUAAGAAAAGCAUUCAGAUAGUUUUGGACCUUACUCCUAAUUACCAUGGAGAAGAUGUCUGGUUCACACAGGAAAUGAAAACGCCAGACAGUGUCUUACUAACACAGAUAAAGGAUGCAAUGAAUUUCUGGUAUGAAAAUGGUGUUGGAGGAAUUUACUUGCGUGGAUUUGAGAAAAUCUUAAAUGCAGAUGAACUCCUUCCUGAAGUGAACAACAUCACGGCUAACCACAGUACAGAUGGUAAAGCAAGGGUGCUGCUUAUCUCAUCGAAUGAUGUCCCCAACAACCAGAUGCUUAAUAUCCUCAAUGACACUUCCACUGGCAUGUUAAGCACAAGCUAUUUAUUGAGCAAGGGCAACGACAGUGACAACACUCUUGGACAGCGCAUCAAGCAGUACCAAGGGUUUGCUGGUGAACAGGACAAGAUUCUGUGGGCAAUCAGACCACGUUUAGGUCACAUGGCUUCUGUGGUGAAGGAGAAGUUGCAGCGUGUAUAUCAGCUCCUGCUCUUCACUCUUCCAGGAACACCUUUAACUUUGUAUGGGGAUGAAAUUGGACUUAAAGAUUUGCCUGGACAGCCUGCGCGUGGCCCGUACAUGCAGUGGGAUGGCGGUAAGAAUUAUGGGUUCUCUGAAGGCACAGUGGGUGAAGAAAAUGAGCUCAAUGUGAACAUCACAUUUAAGGCCCAGGAAGACGAUAAAGGUUCUUUACUAAGUCUUUAUAAGCGCCUCAGUGAGCUACGUGGGAAGGAGCGGGCACUUCUUCAUGGAGACUUCACACUACUCCACCACACUGACAGAGCACUAGCUUUUGUGCGCACUUGGGACCAAAAUGAAAGAUUUGUGACUAUAGUGAACUUUGCUGAGGAGGAGACAGAGGUGUCUAUUUUACAUGAGAAUGUACCCGAGCACUGUUCAGUGGUUCUGAGCUCAAAUCCAGAGCGGAAAGAAGGGAGCAGUAUUUCCAUAAAGAAGUUGAAGUUAGCAGCAGGAGAAGCCUUACUGCUUAAAUAUCCAUACAGUGCAUAAGGAAACCUGUGAGCUGAGCUGUAUUCUCACAUUCCAUAUUCUGAUCCUAUUUUUUCCAUGCCAGGAGGCACAGUAUUAGCCCUUGCCAAACCCCUUUCACUCUUCCCUCCCUUUCAUCCUUCAUAGCAUUGCAAUGAGAUCACCACCAAAUGUCUAAACUUAUUGGGCAAGAAGUUCUUUAAACGCGUUAACAGCAAUAAGUGUUGUGUGCUUAAUUGUAUUGUGAACCGUAAAUGCUCUAGAAUGUAUGUACACACUUAUGUAUGAAUGAUUGUCACACAAAUAAUACAGUAUUGUCAAAAUGACCCCUGGGUGUUUGGGGAGGGAAAAAUAAAAGGGGAGCAAAGCAUUCUGGUCAGAAAAUGUUUCCUUUAUUAAAAGUAGUUUUGGCAGAUGA